GUCGCCGCCGCCGCCGCCGCCGCCGCCGCCGCUGCCGCCGCGGCCGCGGGAGCCGGAGCCGGAGAAGGGAGAAGCCAGGGAGAAAAUGGCGGCCGUGGCUGCUGAGGCGGCGGCGACCGCGGCGUCCCCCGGGGAGGGGGGCGCCGGCGAGGCCGAGCCCGAGAUGGAGCCCAUCCCCGGCAGCGAGGCGGGCGCGGACCCGCUCCCGGGCACGGCCACGGAAGCGUCGGUGCCGGACGGCGAGGCCGACGGGCAGCCGCCUUCCCCGCGGGCCGACGAGCCGCCGCCUCCCUCGCCGCCGCCGCCGCCGCCGCCCGGGGAGCCCGCGCGCUGCGGGGACGCGGCCGAGCCGCCGCCCGCCGGGGCCGGGGAGCCGCCCGGGCCGCCCGCGCCCGCCCCGGCCGCCGCCGCCGCCGCCGCCGCCGAGCCCCCGCCCCCGCCCGCGCCCGCGCCCGCGCCCGCGCCCGCGCCGCCCGGGGACGCGGCCGUGUCGCGCCUCAUCCCCGGCUCCGAGGUGCGGGUCACGCUGGACCACAUCAUCGAGGACGCGCUCGUGGUGUCGCUGCGCCUCGGGGACAAGCUCUUCUCCGGGGUCCUCAUGGACCUGUCCAAAAGGUUUGGGCCUCAUGGGAUCCCGGUGACAGUAUUUCCCAAGAGGGAAUAUAAGGAUAAACCCGAAGCCACGCAGCUCCAAAGUCAUACAUUCCAAGACGGGCCGGAGGUCAAGUGUGAAGCCAAUGGUGCUGUUCCCAACGACCCUUCUCCCGUGCCGCCUCCUGAGCCCAGCCUGGCCGCGAGCCCGUGGACUUCCAAGCCGCCGCCGCUCUUCCACGAAGGAGCGCCUUACCCUCCCCCGUUGUUUAUCAGGGACACGUACAACCAGUCAAUACCUCAGCCGCCGCCGCGGAAAAUCAAGCGACCCAAGCGGAAAAUGUACAGGGAAGAGCCCACGUCGAUCAUGAACGCCAUCAAGCUCCGGCCGCGCCAGGUCCUCUGCGACAAGUGCAAAAACAGCGUCGUGGCGGAGAAGAAGGAGAUCCGGAAGGGGAGCAACACCAGCGACUCUUCCAAGUACGAAGACAAGAAGCGGAGGCACGACGGCGUGACGACCGUCAACAAAAAACUGAAAACGGACCCGAAGGUGGACGGAAAAAACCAAAACGAGAGCCAGAGGAGAAGCGCCGUGGUGAAGGUGGCGAGCAUGGCCCAGGGCAGGGGCCGGGUGGUGAAGGUGUCCGCGCAGGCGAACUCGUCCAAGGCCCAGCUGGGCGCGCAAAAGGUGCUGCAGAGCAAGAACAUGGACCACGCGAAGGCGCGCGAGGUGUUGAAAAUGGCCAAAGAGAAGGCGCAGAAGAAGCAGGGCGAGGCCGCCGCGGCCCGGCCCGCGCACGCCAAGGUCCACUUCACCCGGCGCUACCAGAACCCCAGCUCAGGUGCCCUCCCGCCCCGGGUGCGCUUAAAACCGCAGCGGUACCGCAACGAGGAGAAUGACUCUUCCCUGAAGGCGGGCCUGGAGAAGGUGCGGGGCGGCAAGGUGGCCCCCAAGCCCCCGGCCCGCUGCACCUCCACCCGCUCCGCAGCACAAAGACAUUAGCAGGCCGCUGGGUUCAUGGACCGGUACCAAAUCCCACGCGAACAGCAGAGCUUCGGGACUGGAUGCAGUUGGAGACUCGUUUUUCAAGCUACACUAUGAAGUAGUGUUUCAAACCAACAGUCUACACAGGGGCACUUUCAGACUGUGCUAUGCGAAACUGAAGAAAAGGUAUUAGGGGAAUAUUUUAUUAAAAAAGAAAACAACAACAACCAACCACCAUGAACUAUUGCAAUAAGUUAUGCAUGAGAGGAGAAGUGAUGAGAUACGCAUACGGAGAACUGACUUGGAUUUUACGUCGGAAGAGUCACUGACAGGAACGUCCUCCGAACAGUGAAGUUCUUACCAAGACCGUUUGGACAGGCCUUAAAGGCGUGGGAUGGCGGCAGAAAUGCGGAAUUAUUUUUUCAUACUCAUUUUGUUUUCUUCCUAAGGUUUCUGUUCAUUGGUUCAGAUGUGAGCAAAAAAGGUGUUUCCUAAUGUGGCUGUUGGCCUACGCGCCGGCAGCCCCCCCCCCCCCCCCCCCGUGCGGAGACCCCUGUUCCUUUAGGUGCCGGUGAGGCCACAGAGGGGGCCCCGUGCCUCGACGAGCACGUGGCCCUCUCCUGUCCUGGAUCCUGAGGCAGGGCUGUGUUGCCGUGACUCUAUGUUUGCUUGUUGGAACAUUGUAAGAUGUAUUUAUUUGCCACCAGUAUUGAUCAUUUCGUGCACAUUUUCAUAACGAACUUCUUCCCUUUCAGACCGACUCGAAAGUGGGCGGUAGGCUAGAGCGGACCCCAGAGAGAGCUUGCACGCUCCCGGGAGCUGGCUCUAAGUUCUACUGCGCUGGAGAGUUUUGCUUUCCUUCGUCUCCCUGCCCUCAUGGUUCUAGCUAGUUCAGAGAAUGUGCCCCUCGGGAUGUGGGCCUCUCGUCAGAGGCCCCCUGACUGCAAGCCCUUCUUCCAGGUGUCAGGUGGAACAGCCCCCAGAGACAGCGUCAAAUUUUCAUGCAUGGAGCAUGAACUCUUAUUCAUGGCGACCGUGAUGUUUUCCUUGUUUUUGGAAAAAGUAUUAUGGAAAAAAAAAAAAAAAACGUUUUUCUUUUUUAAUGAAUGGAAAUACCAGAUGGACCUGUUAGUACAUUUUUAAGGCAUUUUUAUAUUUGAUGGUGCCGUACUUUUAAUAAUAAAACUAAAGUUUUUUAGUGGCAAUACUGAUUUAUUUUUUAAACCAGAAAGAUAACCCAUAUUGAUUACUUAAUACAAAAAAAAAAAGGGAAAAAUGCCAAAAAAAAAUUUACAAAAUUUAUUUGAAACAACAGCAAGGUGAGCAUUGCGGGGAGGUGUCGAGACUUCCCAGACUUCCAUCAUUUUACUCUGACAGAUUUGGAAUUCUUUAACCCCACACUCAGGAUUAGCAGACAGUUCUGGGUGCGAGUCUUAGAACACUUUCACUAUCCCUGCUUUGGGAUUGAGUUUUUUUUACAACUCAGAAAGAUAAGGUAGGCAGUUUUGCUUUUUUGUAUGCUUAAAACAAAUCCUCCUCUCAGACAGGUAAUCAGAAGUUCUGGUCACAGUCUGAAACUGGUCUUUCUUGGGAAACUCCCAGUGGCGUCGGUCGUACAGCUGACCAGUCCUCCCAGGACGUGCUGUGGGACUGCUCGGGGCCCUCACUGGGUUUCUCGGGUAUGUAACCACUGCGGCACUUUCUGGCUCGCUUGAGAACCAGGCGGUUUCCCGAGCUGAGACGGAUUGCACAACCAGAUCUUAAACGAAGCAGAGAAGUCAUUGCGCUGAAGUGACCAAGAAGUAAUUUAAGGCAAAAAGAAUUGUUUAAAACCUGAUGUCUCCCAUCUAAAUAUUUUCUUUCUAAACCAUACUUUCAUUUUCUUAAAAAUGAAACUUGGUGGUAUUUAGAAUCUAGACAUCCCAUGUUGCUAUUUCACAUCACUGCUUUAGUUGCUUAAUAUUUAAGCUUUGCUUCAUGCUGCCUGUCUGUUUCCAAAUCUUCAAAGCCUAUUUCAUUUUUGUAGACUUGAAUGACAAAAAUGGUUUCUCAUGUGAAGUAUGCUGAGACUUAAAUGUUCAAGGACAUUGUUGUAACGUUUAUCCAAUAAAGUCUUGAUUUUUUUCUAAAUAAUUA